AUGGCAACAGAUGUCUUCGCUAGGGCCGUAGCGAUUAUUAGCGGUUAUUUAGGUAAAAGAGGCGCGGAAAUUGAAAAUCCGCUUAAGUUUGCCUAUGAUGUCUUAGCGCUUUAUUUGAUCAACUCCGAGAACGAAAACGUUGAAGGACUAUCAGAGGACCUUUUGGUUAGGGCUGCCGAAGAGGUUCUGGAGGUGGAAGAAGAACUCAUGAGCAAUGAACAGGAUAUGUUCUCUUCCGCAGAGGCUAUACCUUUAUUAGACCAUCCGGAUCAGAGCCAUCGGAAACGUCGGGGAAGUGUUUGUGCUUCUGCUGAUCCUUUUGCCCCUUUGCUCGAGUAUCCCAAGAGUACUGAGCUCUUUGAAUUUCUUUUAUCUAUUCUCUGGCGCUCGCGCGUGAUUAGCCGGACUAUGAAUCCGGACCAGAUGAAGAAGCUCGUCUCAACCAUGUACUUGGAAGAGAUAUCCGAGCACUUCCAGCUAAUCACCCAGGGAGAUUAUGGGAAGACAAUGUACCUGAUUGAAAGCGGGACCUUUCAGGUCAUUCAGAAUGGAGAAGUAGUCUCUGUUCUAGCCGCUGAGUCCUUGUUUGGAGAAAUCUCGUUGUUGUACAGCUUUCCCCGGACAGCCACGGUGGUUUGUACCUCGCCAGCUAAAGUAUGGGUGGUGAAUGCAGAUUCUUAUACGGCUAUCUUAAUGGCGGACCAGCGGAAGAGUCGAGAGAGAAUUUGCCAGGUCUUGGAAAGGAAUUCCAACUAUACCCAUUUAACUGUUGCUGAAAAGGACAAGGUACUCCGGUGCACGCACUUAAUGAACUUUUCCCCGAACGAGACUUUGGAUGUGGCAGAAACGGGUGUUUUUAUGCUAAUUAAUCCAGAGAGUACUACUAUUCAGAGUGCAGCGGGUACAGAGACUGUUCUUUCAUCUGGUGAUAUCAUUGCUAAAGGAAGCAUCUGUCGGGAGUACCUCUCCUUGCUCUUUAUUCCGGACAUCAUCUACCCCUUCUUAGGCCUAGUUUCAUACUUAGGUUAG